GCGCAGGCUCCGAAGCAGCAGAGAGCAGAUGGUUUUAGAUUAAUCUUUCUGGGUGGUGGAGAGAAGCUUCCCGCUACCUGCCUUAGUGCACGUCAUUUUCUGUCUAUGAUAAAGGAUGCAUGGAGACUUCUUUAAAUAGACAGCAGUUCAGUAAGAGCGGACUGUGAGCUGAGUUGUACUGGCGCAUUCAUACAGCUUUGAACACUCAAGAUGUGCGUCCCUGUCUAUUGGAUUCUUUUCGCGACAUCUUUGGCUCCAUCUGUUCUGUCGAGUCUGCACCCAGACUGCGAGUACAUCUUUCAGCUGGAGAGGGAGGAGCGGCGUUGUCUUCGAUACAUUGCAGAGCAGAACCACAGUACAGUUGAAAACAGUACAGUACUUUUCAACCUCGAUGCAUUGCAGAACCACAGUAUGCUAGGUUGUCUAGCGUUCUGGGACUCUGUGGUGUGUUGGCCAUAUGCUGCGGUUGGGGAGACAUUCCACAUGGCCUGCCCUGCUGUCUUCUCUCUUUUUGGGAAUAACACAGGGUUAGUCAGCCGAAACUGCACUAGCAACGGAUGGUCUCAACCCUUCCCCCCGUACCACAUAGCCUGUAGUGUGGAUGACAACAUUCACAUUCCAGAGGAGUCAUACUUUGCCACGGUGAAGCUGAUCUACUCCAUUGGCUACGGCACCUCCCUGUUCUUCCUGUCCAUCGCCGUGGUGAUUCUGCUGCUCUUCAGAAGGCUUCGCUGUGCCAGGAACUAUAUUCACAUCCAGCUGUUUGUCACCUUCAUGCUGAAGGCGAUGGCUGUGUUCAACAAGGACGCCAAGCUGUUCGCCAGCGAGGACACGGACCACUGCACCCUCUCCACCGCAGCUUGUAAAGCCUCAGUGGUGUUCUGUCACUACUGUGUCAUGGCUAACUUCUUCUGGCUCCUGGUGGAGGCCCUCUACCUCAACACCCUGCUCCUCUCCUCCUUCCACCACAGCCACCGCUGCCUCUGGGGCUUUGGCCUGUUGGGCUGGGGUGUACCCAUCGUCUUCAUCGUCAUAUGGAUUGGGUCCAGGGUGUAUUUUGAGGAUACUGAAUGCUGGGACAUCAACGAGGACUCUCCCUAUUGGUGGAUCAUCAAAGGGCCAAUCGUGUUUUCUAUUGGGGUCAAUUUCAUCCUCUUCAUGAACAUCAUCAGAAUCCUGAUACAGAAACUGAACCCUCGCCUAAUCCAGUUCAACAACUCAGAUCAGUACAGACGGCUGACUAAGUCCACUCUCCUCCUCAUCCCUCUCUUUGGGAGCCACUACAUGGUGUUUAACUUCCUGCCUGACUACUUCCAUGUUAGCGUGCGCCUCUGCAUCGAGCUCUGCAUGGGGUCCUUUCAGGGGCUGAUUGUCGCAAUUCUCUACUGCUUCCUCAACCAAGAGGUCCAGAAGGAGAUCCAUAUGAGGUGGCUGAGGUGGCAGGAUAACAGCUACGGUGUGGUACUGCCUGGUGCCAAGGGUAGUCAGAUGGACACACCGUUCUAGUGCUCUUCAUCCACCUCUCCUUUUCCUCUCCAACCUCUGUGUUUUUAAGAGUGUCUUUCGUCGAGGGGUUGGAAUAAAGCGGAAGACAAGAUUCCAUUGGAUAUCUGUUUACAUUGGACAAUAAAGUAAUGUUCUUCUUCUCCUUCCUGUGACCUCCACUCAUUGAUAAUGUACUUUUAGGAGCGACUGCUGUACAUUAUGUCCUUGAAACCUACAAUGUCCUCUCCUCUCUCAUCACAAUCUCAUUUCUAAAUCGACCACCAUUUAGCUCAUCCAUUUUAUGUAUUAAACGUGCCCCCUGUUUUUCAGGUUCUAUUAGAAUAUUAUCUUAUGAUGUGUGUGUUGCAUUCCCUGUGUUUUAGUGCCUUUUUGUUUGUGUGUUUCUCUCUUUUUGUGUGUGUGUGUGUGUGUGCAUGGCCAUUGCUCCAAUGCCAUAGAUUCUGUAUGUAGUAUUAGGUCCCCUUGAGGUCCUUUGAUAUGGCUUUUUGUGGCUAUUGACCAUAAGCAGGAGAAACACACUGUAGGAUAGAAAUUAAUUAGCCUCUAGCUGUGAAAUGGGGCCAUUUCUACUAUGAAAAUAAAUAUGGCUACACGUGCAAUGCAGAUACCAUGCCAACUGCAUUGUGUGCUGAUGUUACAUUUUUUUCUACUUAGGGUCAAAUUAUGUUUGAAUAAAGCUGUGUGCUUUAACGUAGGCUGAAUGUGAUGCAUAAUGAAACAGAAUUUUAAACAGAAGAAUGUGGUGUCUUUUGAAAUAAAGCUACAUUUAUACUUGAA